GUUCGGUGUAAAUUAGUGCAAAAUGAACUACCUGAUUAUUUGUGCAAUCUUGGCUGUUGCUUUUGCUUCUCCAGCAAGAGUGGACGAAGAUGAUGGUCAAUAUCACCCUGACAACAGCGGACAAUAUGCCGGUGAUGGUUCUGGAGCAUAUACAGGUGUUUCAGCUGCAUAUUCUGGUGUUCAAUACCGCCCACAACCAAAAGCAGUAAAUUACUAUUCCGGUGCAUCAUCCCAAUAUAGCAAUGGCCAGUACAGAUCUGAAAGUAAUGAUGAUGGUCAAUAUCACCCAGACAAUUCCGGUGCGUACAAUGGAGAUGGUUCAGGAGCAUACAGUGGUGACGGUUCAGGAGCAUACAGUGGUGAUAAUUCUGGAGCUUAUAGUGGCAACCAAGGAGUUGGCGCCCAAAACUACAGAUAUCAAGGAGCUGCUCAAGGGCAAGUAGCCAGAACCGUAGUGCAACCAACCGUACGUGCGCAACCUGUUCAACUAGUUCAAUCAGUAAAACCAGUUCAUCUUGUCCAACCCGUUCAAUCUAGAUACCAAGGUGUUCACUCAGCUCAAGCUAGACCAGUUGUAGAUAACCGAUCUGGUGCACAAUCUGCAUAUCUUAACAAUGGACAAUACAGUAAUAAUGGACAAUACAGCAAUGGUCAAUAUAAUGUACAAUACAAAAACCAAGAUGGACACAAUAACGGACAAUAUAAAAUCAUUCGUAAAUCAGAAGAAGUUCUUGAAGACGGAUACCAUUACGUCUAUGAAACCGAAAAUGGUAUUUCCGCCGAAGAAGAAGGUCAUCUUGUAGAAAGAGGAACUGAACACGAACAUAUGUUCGUUAAAGGUUUCUACACUUACCCAGGCCCAGACGGUGUAAAAUAUACUGUUGAAUACACUUCUGAUGGUGUAAAUGGAUUCGUUCCUGUUGGCGCCCACAUUCCAACUGCUUCUGAUGCUCAACAACGUUCUGUAGUUCAACAAAAAUAAAUGUAUUUUGUAUAAAACAUAUUAACUACGUUAUACGUAGUAAAUUUGUAAUGUUAAAAGAAUUCAAUAUAAU